AUGAAUCUAUAUAUUUAUCUAAUAUUUUUCUUGAGUCUAUUUGUUAUCAAUGUUGAUUCAUUAAUAAAUGGUCUUUAUUGUGGCAGUGAAAAUUGUUAUGAUUUGUUAAAUGUAACUCGAACAGCUAGUAGACAAGAGAUUGUUAAAGCCUAUCGUGCUUUAGCUAGAAAAUAUCAUCCUGAUAUGGCAAAAGUUGCUAGCGAUAAACAGCUAUAUACAGAAAAAUUUCGAGCAUUUGCAAAUGCUUACGAAAUUUUAAAAGAUGAAGAAACACGAACUGAUUACGAUCGAAUGCUAGAUAAUCCAGAUGAAUAUUAUUCGCAUUAUUAUCGUUAUUAUCGACAUCGAUAUGCACCAAAAGUUGACGUUCGAAUUGUUUUAUUUAUUCUCAUAUCUGUGAUUAGUGCAAUACAAUAUUACAGUCAACAUAGCAAUUAUUAUACGGCAGUUAACUAUCUGGUAACAGUCCCGAAAUAUCGUAUACAAGCACAAGAAAUAGCUCGACAACAAGGACUGCUAGGAAAUAAUAAUGGAGAGUCAGCGAAGAAAAAUCGUGGCCGAAAAGCAAUCAGUAAACAAGAAGAAGAAGCGAUUUUAAAGCGAAUUGUUGAACAAAAUCUUGAUAUUAAAGGUGGCUAUAAAAAACCAAGCAUUACACGUGUGCUGUGGUUGCAAUUAAUACUUUUUCCAUACUACAUAUUUUUAUCGUUGAAAUGGCAUGUUCGGUGGUUUUAUAAAUUUCAUAUCAAUAAACAUGAAUUAGGUGACGAUGAAAAAAUCCAUUUAAUCUGUCGAAAUUUAAAAAUUAAUCGUGAACAAUACGAAGCUUUGCCGGAAAAAGAACAACAUCAAAUAUGGGAAAGAGAAGUUUGGAUAAAAGAGAAUUUUCUCGAAUGGAAAACCGAAAAGGAAGAAGAACAAAAGAUAAAACUUAGUAAAUCUGGUCGCUAUAAAGCCUACCGUCGUUAUAUAAAAAGUGGUGGACCCGGACAAAUCACAUUUGAUGGCGAUUAA